AUGUUUCUAUUCUCUUAUCAACAAACAGAACACAACAGAAGAGUAAACAUGAUCAUCAUCGUCAUCUUAAAGUUCACCGAAAUAUCUUCUGACUCAUCAACCAAAAGUCAUUUUUUAACUCGUAAAUCCAGCAAUCCCAGACUUUUAAAAAAAAUGGGAACCCAAUUUAAAUUAAUUAACCAGAACAAAGGCGCUUUUAUGAGAACAAACAUGCUUCAGUGUUGUUUUUAA